AUGCUGCAGCUGCGGGACUCGGUGGACUCGGAGGGCACGAGCCCCACGGCGGUGCUCGCGGCUGGCGAGGAGGUCGGGGCGGGCGGUGGCGGUGGCGGUGGCGGUGGCGGUGGCGGUGGCGGUGGCACUGGCGGUGGCACUGGCACCGGCCGGUCCGGGGCCGGUACGCCGCUGCGCCAGACGCUGUGGCCUCUCAGCGUUCACGACCCCACGCGCCGCGCCCGCGUCAAGGAGUACUUCGUGUUCCGGCCCGGGACUAUCGAGCAGGCGGUGGAGGAGAUCCGCGUGGUGGUCCGGCCGGUGGAGGACGGCGAGAUCCAGGGGGUGUGGCUGCUGACCGAGGUUGAUCACUGGAACAAUGAGAAGGAGCGCCUGGUGCUCAUCACAGAUCAGUCCCUGCUCAUCUGUAAAUAUGACUUCAUCAACCUCCAGUGCCUGCAAGUGGUCAGAAUCGCCCUGAACGCUGUGGACACCAUCUCCUAUGGGGAGUUCCAGUUUCCACCCAAGUCACUGAACAAGCGAGAAGGAUUUGGGCUUCGCAUCCAGUGGGACAAGCAGAGUCGCCCUUCCUUCAUAAACAGGUGGAAUCCUUGGUCCACCAACGUGCCCUUUGCCACCUUCAUUGAGCACCCGAUGGCUGACGCUGAUGAAAAGACUGCAUCUCUGUGUCAGUUGGAAAGCUUCAAGGCUCUGGUAAUUCAAGCUGUCAAGAAAGCUCAGAAGGAGUAUCCUUUGCCAGGAAGAUCCAACGCUGUGCUGGUCCUCGAGCGGCCCCUUCUCAUCGAGACCUACGUGGGCCUGAUGUCCUUCAUCAACAACGAGGCCAAGCUGGGCUACUCCAUGACUAGAGGCAAGAUAGGUUUCUAA